AUGAAGGAUCUGUGUAGGGAGCUCGCGUGGGCAACGAUUGACGCUGGCCUGUGGGGCACGGCAGGGACAGUGGAGCACAAUCUCGAGGUCGCUGCCAUUGCGAUGAAGCACGGACUUCAUGGGUUCUACACCGAAUGGAAAGAAACAGGUUUGAAUUCGACUCUGACGGAAAUCCACGCCAUGAGUGCCAAGUUGUUUGGCACAAAUUCAGACAGGAAGUUGAGGACGAAAGGCGCUGAAACAUGGGGCUUCCUGUUAUUUCUAGUCCACAUGUUCAACCGUCGUUGGAAGAUUCAAGGCCGCUUGCAGCGCGAAUCGGUUCGACUUUUCGAGGCCGCGGAAUGCAUGAUCAAACUGUGCUACCGCAUGGAUAAUAUCGGCAGGAAAUUCUGUGACUCCGACAUAGAUGAGUGCUUGGAACACUGGAAACGGUUUUGUUCUCUCACCCGUCAUUGUGAGCGAUUGCUUACGCCAAAGCGCCACAUCCUGUGGCACAUGCUUCAGCGGGCUGCGUUCUUGGGGAACCCACUGUUCUACGCAAAUUGGACAGACGAGGGGCUCAAUAGAGUUUUGAAAGGUGCAUGUCGCGAGCAGUCCCAGGUGACGUUCGAGGAGUGCGUGUUACUGUCGAUGCCUUUCCUUGUGUAA